AAGAUAUUAGAUGUACCCGCUCCGCGCGGGCCGUCGUGCAAUGCUAUCCGAGCUCCGCGCGCGCCCUGCGCCCCUCCUCCUCCUCACGUCCGUCCUCUCUGAAACCUUGGGCGAAGGGGAUCACAUUUCCUUUGUCAUCGGGCCAUUUCACCCUCGCUUUGGUCCCCCCUCCGAUCCCGAGCCUCGGGGAUGGAGCCUCCUCCCGGGCGCGCUGGAAUCAGUGGAACCGGCAACGGCCCCGCGCGGCGAGCUCGGGAGCCGCGUGGUCAACGCAGCCGGCUCGCGCCCGCGUCAUCUUCUCUCUGAAACGAGUCGCCGAGCGGGACGCGGGUGGCCCCGGCCGCGCUGCGCCUACCGGGCUCUGCUCCCGCCGUGCCCUGGCCUCCUGGGGCUUUGCACAACUCCCCCAGUUCGGGAUGCGUGCGCGCGCGCGCGCCCCCUCUUUCUCUGUUUUGCCGCCUCUUCCUCCUCCUCCUCCUCCUUCUCUUCUCCUCAGUACGCUGGUUAUUGGGACUGA